AGAGAUGUACAGCAUGGAAACAGAACUCUUCGCUCCAACUCAGCUUUGAACAUCACAAAGCAUUUCACCGCCAGUGCUUUUGGGAGGACUGGAAGACAUGUUUUUAAGUGUUGCUGAAAUUCUCUGGCCGAUUGGGGAGAGCAGAUUUAGUGGCGGGCACCUGUCUUAAUCGUGGGAGUGUGAAAUAUUUUUACUGGAAACGAUUCAAAAUUUGGAAGUAUUUUUAAAAGAGAGAGCGAGCGAGAGAGAGAGGGCGCUGGGCAGGGUUACGUACGCAUUUCUCGACCUUGGAGGUGAGGGAUUUAAACCAAGACUGAGUCACCCUCGGAGUUAGAGAAAAGCAAGAAGACCGAGCAAAGUUGCAGCAAAGCUGUUUUGGUUUCUCUCUCUCUCUCUGGUCGGAAAGUGCCCGGGAUUAACUGUCACCAGAGUCCACUAUGGGACAGAGCCAUCAAAUACGCCGGAGAGUUUUGGAGGAAAUUGCCUGGAAGUCGGUGCUCGGUAUUGAUCUAGCAGCCUCAGCCCCCGGCCAGCUCCGAGGAUGGAAUUAGUGCGAAAGUUCACCUUCCUGGUCAGCUACCUCAGCUGCAUCUGCUACCUGCCCCGUCCCGAGCCCGCGGCCGGUCUCCUCGCCGCUCAGUCCGCCGCCACUGCGCCGCUCCUGCGCCAGGGACCCCUGGGCGCCGCCCGCAGCAAGAGGGCGAGCCCCCGAUGGGCUCCCGGCGCUGCCCGAGCCGGAGCCCUGAGCCCCGCCGCCAGGAAAGCCAACCCCCGCAGGAGCGGCGAGGGCCGAGCGGCCGCCCGGCGCUCCAAGAAGGCGGGCGGCCCGCAGGUGGCCGCUCACGAUUACAUGCUGUUCCUGUACCGGAGCCUGUCCGGGAGCGAGCGGCGCGGGCUCAACAGGAGCAGCCCCCAGCCGCCGGCCACUCGGGCCAACACCAUCACCAGCUUCGUGGACAGGGGAGAAGAUGAACGCCACACCUAUGUGAAAAAACAGAAGUACAUCUUCAACAUCAGCGCUAUGGAAAAGGAAGGGUUGCUCGGAGCUGAGCUGCGGAUCCUGCGGACAAGGCCAGCAGAUCCGAGGCGUCAACGAGUUCCAGCAACUGUGUACAACCUCAGAAUAUCCAAGUGCCCCACAGACAGGCAGAAGCCAAUUGUACUCGACUCUUGCUCUGCUGAUAUUUUGGAUGCGCCCAAAUGGGAAGUCUUUAACAUUUGGAAACUGUUCAAAACGUACCGGAAGGAGCAGCCGUUGACUCAACUUUGCCUCGAACUGGAGGCCUUGGACAGAGGAAGGGCAGUGGAUCUAAGAAGCUUGGGUUUUGGCAGAGCAGGGCGCCAUAUCAAAGAGAAAGCUCUGCUGCUGGUGUCAGGUAGGACCAAAAAACGGGACCUGUUCUUUAACGAAGUCAAGGCCAGAUCGGGGCAGGAUGACAAGACUGUUUAUGAAUUCCUGUUCAACCAGAGGAGGAAGAGAAGGGCCCCUCACACAUCCCGCCAAGCAAAAGGCAAGAAGGCCAAGCCAAGGUGCACUAGAAGACCUCUCCAUGUGAACUUCAAGGAGAUGGGCUGGGAUGAUUGGAUCAUUGCUCCAUUGGACUAUGAAGCCUAUCAUUGUGAAGGGGUUUGUGACUUUCCUCUUCGGUCUCACUUAGAACCCACAAACCAUGCCAUUAUUCAGACGCUGAUGAACUCCAUGGACCCAGAGUCAACUCCACCCAGUUGCUGUGUACCCACAAAACUAAGUCCCAUUAGUAUUUUGUACAUAGACUCUGCCAAUAAUGUGGUCUAUAAACAGUAUGAGGACAUGGUAGUAGAGUCCUGUGGUUGCAGGUAGCAUUGGACUGAAUUAUCAGACAAGCAGAAAUGGGUACAAAUAUGGGAUUUGUGCCAUAUUGAGUAUUGCAGGUCCAGUUGGUUUUCUGGUGGUGCCCUUGCAGUCAAGGCAUCACUGACCUUCGGUAAUAUGUCAAACAUGAAUAUUCAAUGGAGCAGAAAAUAAAUUGCAGUUAAAGCCAAGCAAAAAUCAGAUUUGGCUACAAAUUAACUCAGUAACCAUAUUGGCUCUAAAAUGUAUCUCCUCUGAGUGGCACUUACCUUCAUUAUUGUGAGUUGGUGCCAAGAAUCCAAUUGACAGCCCACGUUACUGGGUACUUCAUGUGACCACCACAAUCAACUCACUCAUCACUGCCUGCUUAACUCAGACAGACCAGGGACAGUGCUGGGAGGAAGAGAGUGGAGUGAGUGGUGGGACGGAGACCAAGGGAGAGACAGAGAGAUUAAAUUGAGACAUGGCUCCAGAAAGAUUUUUCAUUCUCACUGGAGCCAACUGUGAUCUAUUUUGAUGUACAGUACCUAAUGUUGCAAACUAGUUUAUUUACUUCAAAGCAAUCUCAUUAAACAUCACCUCUUGAUCAUUGCAAACAAGGAUGUUACCACAAUGUCCUCUAUACCACUGAACAAAUAGCUAAAAAGAUCAAUUUCUUACAACAUGUUAACAUCUUUUGGUUAAAGUCCAACCUGAACGCACAAUUCGCUCAUGGCCCAUUUGGGGUUGGAGGACACAUAUCAUAGGAACGUAGGAAAUAGGAGCACACAUAGGCCAUUCAGCCCUUCAAACCUGCUCCAAUAUUCAAUACAAUCAUGGCUGAUCAUUCAUUUCAAUGCCCUGUUCCCUUUUUAUCCCCAGUGCCUUUGAUUGCUUCAGACCUAAGAACUAUAUGUAACUCUUCUUGAAAAUAUUUAAUCUAUUAUCCCCACAUUAUGUGGCAGAGAAUUCCAAAGGCUCACCAGUCUCUGUGUGAAGAAAGUUCUCAUCUCAAGCCUAUUCUGUAUCCUUAGACUGUGAGCCCUGGUUCUGGCCCCCCUGUUAUCGGGAACAUCAUCUCAUCCUGACUAGUCCUGCUAGAAUUUUACAGAUUUAGGAGUUGCCCCUUUAUCUGCUAAAUUCCAGUGAGUUUAGUCCUAACCUCUCCAAUCUCCCUUCAUCCAUCAGCCUAUUAAUGUUACAGAGACCCAUUUGCAAGUUGUCCACACUGACCAUAAGGGAAUAUUUCCACAAAUCCACGUUGUAGAUAGGAACUUGGCAUGUUGCUAUGAGCAAUCCUCCUGAGGAAAGGAAAUAUUCAACCCAAAACAAUUCUACUACUACUACUUGCACUCUACAGUCCAUGAUUUUGCUUUUGUUGGUUGACGGUGAAACAUUUUGUUAUCUGAGAAAGCUGAACAGGUAGUAAUCAAGGCAGACUCAACAUAUGGUUCUAUCAGAUCUCCCAGCUAAUUAUUGUCCACUGCAAUGCAUUAACCAGCUGCUUUCUUGUUAAAGUGAACUGAUAAAUCACAAAACUUUCAAACUGGUGUCAGCAAAUGAGCAAUUUUAUUUUAAGAUAAGAUGGUCCAGAGGUUUGAAUACUGAAUGGAUGGCUUUCCAUUCCCAGCUCUGUUAAAAAUAUUUUUUGAAGUUCUCUUUCGAAUAGGAAGCAUGGUGGCUCAGUGAUUAGCACUGCUGUCUCACAGCACCAGGGUCCCAGGUUUGAUUCCAGCUUUGAGUGACUGUCUGUGUGGAGGUUGCACAUUCUCCCCGUGUCUGCGUUGGUUUCCUCCAGCUCCCUGGUUUCCUCCCACAAUCCAAAGAUGUGCAGGCCAGGUGACUUGGCCAUGCUAAAUGGCCCAUAGUGUUAGUUGCAUUAGUCAGGAGUAAGUGUAAGGAAAUGGGUCUGGGUGGGUUAAUCUUCGGAGGGUUGGUGUGGACUGGCUGGGCUGAAGAACCGGUUUCCACACUGUAGGUAAUCUAAUCAGUAAAGGAGGAGGAAACAGGCAGACCAUACAUCAAUAUCUCUGAAUCUGAGGAACAUCAUACCAUUCUUAUCUCUCAAAAUCAUAAAUUUAUACUCAAUAAAAAAAUGGACCCUACAAGUGACAAUACUAGAGGCCUGAAAGUAGGCAAGUCCUGGAUUAGUCGAUACUGUAUACAUUGUGAUUGAAAAACCAAACCAUGAGAAAAUGUAUAGGUGGCUCAGUGGUUAGCACUGCUGCCUCACAGUGGUAGGGUCACAGGUUUGAUUACUCCCUCGGGUGACUGUCUGUGCAGAGUUUGCACAUUGUUCGUGUGUCUGCAUAGGUCCACUCCGAGAUCUCCAGUCUCCUGUCGUGGCCCAACGAUGUGCAGGUUAGGUGGAUCACCCAUGCUCAAUUAUCUGUAGUGUCCGGGGAUGUGUAGGUUAGAUGGAUUGGCCUUGGGAAAUGCAGGGUUACAGGGAUAGGCUGGGUCUGGUUGAGAUGCUUUCUGAAGGAUCAGUGAGCACCCGAUGAGCUGAAUAGCCUGCUUCAGCAUUGUAGGGAUUCUAUAAUGUCUCUUAAAAGCUGAAUAUAAAACUUGAAUAUUUUAUUCUCUUGACUACUCAUAGGGAUGUCAUCGGGUGAGGAGCACUGAGAAAGGAACAGUACAAUUGUCCUGAGAUGUACAUUUUUUCAGUAUUGUUUAGGGAUAUGUUUAAAGUCAUGAUAAAGGCCAUUCAGCUCCCUAAAAGUCUGUCCUCUGGUACUUUCCCAUCUGAGAAUCUGGAAGAAGCAACUUGUAAGGGUUUUGCCUGGUACAAGCAGUUGGAUUUGGAAAUGUAGAACAUGCUAAGUUAAAUGGCAGUGUUCAGGUCCUUUCAACAUCCUGAAAACAGAUGCCCACUGCUUUGGCAAUGAGGAAACAACAUCUUGUGGGACAAGAGGUGCUAGAAAGUGUCAUCUGGAAACCAAGUGUGGGUACAGGGCAAUUAUAGACAAUAGGAAACAGCUGCUGACCAAUCUCCUCACCUCUAAAUGGGAUGGUGACUCACUAUUCAAUGGGAUUCAUCUUUACAAGGCCUGUGGGAUUGUAACAUGCACCAUCAUAAUGUAUUACCAUUUGUAUUGCUCACUGAAGGCCUUUUGUCCUCGGUUGCUUCCUGACCAGCUGUGCUUUUCCAGUACCACUCUAAUCUAGACUCUAAUCUCUAGCAUCUGCAGUUCUCACUUUUGCCUCACUAUACCUGGUGUCUAAUCAUAUCUUUCACUUGCCUGGCAAUUAAUGACAGACUACCCUGUUCGAGUGCACGCUAACUAUCUCUGAGCAAGCAAUCAGAUGUUCUGUCUACACUGAGAAUAAUUAGAAAUGCACACCAUUACACUAUUUCUACUACUAUUGGAGACAGCUUUGGCUUUAGUUAUAGUUACAUAUCUUUACUGCAUAUCUGUUUCGGAGUCAUCUCUCACGUUGUAUCCCUGUUGACAUCAGCAAGCAACCAAUCCAAAUGGGGGCACUGCGGCAUGAACAGGCAUCAGUCUGCAAUGACUUCAAACAUUUCCAUUACCGCCACCAUGAUUGACACAAUUAUCCAAACUAUUCUCUGCUUGAACCCCAUGCUUCAACACACUGUCCCUUUAAUGGGGGACAGAUUAGCAACAAAGUUUGCACUCUUUCUCUUCUGAUCAUUGUGAAUUCUCAAACAUUAGUUACUCUUCUGGUGAGGGGAAGAGUUAAGCCUUUGAAUAAUGAGACUACGUUUGGCUUUUAAGAACAGUACUCCUGUGUAAAUCAUCCACACAGACACAUUCCAGGAUAUCAAUGUAAAGUUAGAGGAAUGUGUACAUUAGUGAAUAUGGAUAAUAGUCUGGCUAUCAAAGUAACUAUAAAAAUGCCCCUAUUUUGACAUUUGGUGUUAUGAUAUUCCCAGAUAGGUGAAAGGAAAAUGUUUAGAAAUUUUGAACAUUGGCCACCAGAAUGAGAAGUCUGUGCUUCUUAAUGCUAUGUAUGGCACCAUAGUUCACAAAAGACUCAGCCAUCGAUGUCUAUUUGAGAGGGAGGGAGAGAGAGGGGACUGGUUAUGUAUUGCUGAGGAUAGCCACUCCACAGGCAUGGGGUGAGCUGCUGGGCAGGCAAGCAGCAGAUAGGCAGGGUCUCCAUGAAUUCCCACAGCCAGUGCAGGAAUUGAACCUGUGCUGUGGCUUGUGUUUUGCAGCAUGUUCUGGUCUUCUAGCCAACCAGUCAAACCAAUCACCCAUUUAGGGUGGCACGGUGGCUCAGAGGUUAGCAUUGCUGCCUCACAGUGAUAGUCUGUGGAAUCUCCCCAUGUCUGUGUGCGUUUCCUCCAGAUGCUCCAAUUUCCAUUGCAGGUUGGGUGGGUUGGCCGGCCAUGUUAAUUUGUCCAGACUAUCCACAGAUGUGCAGGGUUAGUGGGUUAACCAUUGGAAAUGCAGAGAAAGGUUGGGAGAGGUUGCUGGAUUGGAUGCUCUUUGGAGGGUCAAUGGAGACUUGAUGGGCUGAAUGGCCUGCUUCCACACAAUAGGGAUUCUAUUCCAUGAUUCUAUCUCCAUGCUAUGAUUUGGCUCACAGACUAGUGUGGGAAAUGUGAGGCAGAAUUGUGAAGAUCCAAGUAGAGAUUGGAACAAUUCCUUAAUGAUGGGAAGCUAGAAACUGUGGAUGAACAAGAGAUUGGGUGUCAACCAAUAGAAAUCACUAGAAGCUGAAAACAAAUAUAGAAAGCAAUUUAAAAAGCUUGGCAGCUGGAGCACAGAGUGAGGACGUGAUGCUUAAAUUGUAGGGAGACUUGGCCAGAUCCCAUUUGAUGUAUCACAUUCAAUUGUACACACCUUCUCAAGGAUGAUCAAGUGGCCUUGAGGGGAGUACAGUGCAGAUUCACAAAAAUGAUGCUCAACUCCAAAGAGUCAGGUUAAAAAGGCAUUUUACUUUAUGUGGGUUAAGAUUUUCUUGCAUUUCAAAGACUGAAGGGUGAUUUAUUUGAGCUGCGAAAAGGGAUGAAAGGAAAUGAUGAGGGUUGGCUUAAAGAAUUGAUUUCUUCUGAUUGAGGAGUCCAGAACAUGAGGGUGACACUGGAGUGAGAUGACAAAUUAUGGAGUUGUCAUACAAAUCUUAACCCCACCCCACAAAUGGUUGAGUGGUGGAACGAAAUUAAUUAUUUCAAGACAAAUGUCAAUAGAUAUUUUUAUGAGGGUUGAGUACAAAGGGAUUUGGAGCUGAGGUGAAUAAAUGGAAUUGUAACAUGGAUUCACCAUAAACUGAUUGAAAAUCUGAACAGUCUUUUUCCCCUCUAUCUGGAUUUUGACGUUGGUAACUGAUGUUAAUGUAUGGAGUGAGCCCCACUUGCGAUAAACAUGAUCCCAAAACAUUGGCAGCUGUCAAGAUUCUUUUUCCAACCUCUGUAAGCUCAGGAGGAGGGGCAGGCUGACAGUAAACCAAAGAAAAAUGCAGCAUUUCCAAUGGAAAAACCCAUUUGGUCAACUGAAAAUUGAGUUUGCUUCUCUCACAGUAAAGGGUUUGGGUUCCCAUGCCAGGCAAAAUAGACAGUGUUCUCUCAGCAUCUGUUACCACAGCCUUAGUAUCUGACUCAUGCUCUGCUGAUCCAAUUAGCACAAGCUAGGGAGAGGGUAUGAGGGAGAAGAUAUCACUACUCAACUCUGUGUCAUACCCGCACACGAUGGUACCUUUUACAAUUAGUAGCAGCAUGCGCUGGAGUGGCAUCAAUGGGUAUAUGCACGUCAGAAGGUCCAAUAUGCCAGUCCAUCCUGCACAAGAGAAGCUCAUUGUGUACAGAAAUUACUUGGGGAUCAAGGAGAAAUUUGCUAUAAUUUUCAGCAGUAGCCAUGGGUGUAAUCACUGCAUGCUGAAAUGAAAUCAGAUAUGUGAACUCUUUAAUAUGUACAAAGAGGAAUUUGCUAUUGGAUUAUAAAAUGUUACUGUAAAUUA